AUGGCAGCUCAACUUCAAGCAUUACUGCGCUUCCUCUCGCAAGAUGCCAAGGUCCCGCUCGCAUCUGCCAUGGGCAAGAUCAAGGAACUCCAAGAGGCUGGGCUUCAGAAUGUCGACGAUAUAUCAAAAUCAAAUCUGGAUAGCUUACAGUCUAUAUUCAAAGAUGGAAAAGUUGCUAAACAAGUCCUCAAUGCCGCGAAACGGGUGACCAAAGGCGGUGCCCAAAAGCGAGGCGCGUCGUCCGCUUUGGACGACAAGUCAACAUCAACAUCACCGAAAAAAGCAAGACGUUCCAAUGAUCUUGAAGGUGCGCAUCGUACACCUUACGAAAUAGAGUCUUCUCUUUCCCUUCACCUAGCCUCUGAGCCUGAAGAGACUCUCUCCAGUACCAUCCUCAGGACUAAUCGCGCACCACUCGUCCUCGCCUUUGCAGUUGCGGUGCUCAAAUAUACCAUGCCAGAACAGCCGAUGUCUAGUAGACUCAGUCUCGGCCAAGCAGUUGUCAGCGCGAAUAGUAGAAGUAAAGCGAUCAGUUUGGGGAUCGAGCCUGCCUCUUCUCUUGAUAAUGGGGAUGAGAAGGAUCGGAAAUUGGAAGAGGGGCAGCCGAAGGUCAGGGUCUUGGGAAGGGAGAUUGCAGUGCUGAAGAGGUGGGAUUAUGAUCCGGCUGAAGGUGGGCCUGGGAGGAAAUAUGAGGAAGGGGACGGUGCUGAGGAGAGGGUAGGCACGGGUCUGCCGCCACUUUGGGGUCUCGAUCUUGAAGUUUUAAGGAGGAAUGAUAGUAUUGGGAGUGCUGGUAUGACAUCGGGCCGCGCUCGGAACCAGACGAUGUCGACGCUCCCGGUUCACACGCCGGAAUCCGCGAGGUCGUAUUUGCUCAAAUCUUUUACUCUUUUCAAAGAGAAUGAUGACGAGAGCUCAACUAAAUCGAAAAAGAAAAUUGCAGACUCAACCGCUGAGAGGGAGAGAUGUCUCGGCCUCUUACUUCAAGCGCUGGAUACACUGUUCUCGUCGUGGGCAUCAACGCUUUCGGCAGAAGAACUGGAUAGACGAGCUUGGAGUUGGUAUGUACGCGUACGACCAGAGAUACAAUCAGGUGUUGCAGGAUGGGGAGAGAAAGGCAGUCUGAAGCUCGCUGAUAUACUAUCUUUGAAGCGGUAG